GCAUUAUAGGAGAACACUGUGUACUUUGCGUAUUUCUGAAUCGUUUUCACAUUCCUUUCCUACAUUCAUAUUCAGAAAUUGCUACUAAUCUAACAACUGUACUCAAUUGUGUUCACUUUCUCUCUCGACUGCGCUCUUUGAGUGCGUUAUAUCCGUAACAAAAUGUAUGGGAAGACAUUCCAAUUAAGGUUGGCUGGCAAAAAACAUCACAGUGAUAAAGGCGAGUAAAAGGCGUUCAAUACGCUGGCUUUCUAUGAAGAGCUGACUGCAAAAGCCGUUAAAAAAUGAAGAGACGGAAACAAAAGCACCGUUCAAAUUGCGCGCCGAGCUUUUAAAAUGGACUGUCGAAAGGAGACUUCUGGGCAGAGCCUAAAAGAGAACCCGGCCCCUAUACGUUUCACCCAAUCAGAAGACGAGAGGAUCUUAAUAUAAAGCGCUUCGUGCAAGUGUUUCUCUAUUCAUUUUCUGUUCCUAUAGAGUGCGUAAUUGUGUUGAAGUUGUCGAAAUGGCAAGAACGAAGCAGACAGCCCGUAAGUCUACUGGAGGUAAAGCUCCCCGUAAACAGCUCGCCACUAAAGCAGCUCGUAAGAGCGCUCCUGCUACCGGUGGCGUGAAGAAGCCUCACCGUUACAGGCCCGGCACUGUAGCUCUGAGAGAGAUUCGUCGCUACCAGAAGUCCACCGAGUUGCUCAUCCGCAAGCUGCCCUUCCAGAGAUUGGUAAGAGAAAUCGCUCAGGAUUUCAAGACUGAUCUCCGUUUCCAGAGCUCCGCCGUCAUGGCUCUGCAGGAGGCCAGUGAGGCGUACUUGGUCGGUCUGUUCGAAGACACCAACUUGUGUGCCAUCCACGCCAAGAGGGUGACCAUAAUGCCGAAGGACAUCCAGCUGGCUCGCCGCAUUCGCGGAGAACGCGCUUAAAUAUGAACAUCUAUUUACAGAAGUCCACAAACAACAAAGGCUCUUUUAAGAGCCACCA